GGCAUCAGUAUCAACGUUACGCGAAACGGGAACCACGGGAACUACUUGAAACUGGCUGCUAGCCCGAAGUACUGCAUGUGAAAAAAAGUGUCAGUUUUACAGUGUCCAAAAUGUCCAAUAUGAGAAACAGGGUCAGCAUUCUGGACAAGCCGCUAAACAAGAGUAGAAGCGACGUCAGCAUCAGCGUGUUCGGCCUCUUGUUCUCCGAAAUCGUGCAGUACUGUCAAAACAGGGUCUACACCAUACCCGAGCUUCAGACAAAGCUGUCCGAGUUGGGAUUCCACGUCGGCCAGAGGGUGCUGGACCUUCUCUUUGUGCGUGAAAAGAACUACAAGAGAGAAACAAAGCUCCUCAACAUCCUUCUGUUUGUCAAGUCGUCGGUGUGGAAGACUCUGUUUGGAAAGGAGGCCGACAAGCUCGAACAGGCCAAUGACGACGAGAAGACCUACUACCUGAUUGAAAAGGACCCACUAGUCACCAAGUUCAUUUCGGUUCCCAAGGACAGAGGGAGUCUCAACUGUGCAUCGUUUGUCGCCGGCAUCAUCGAAGCCAUCCUCAUUGGCUGCAACUUUCCAGCGAAGGUGACUGCCCACUGGUACAAAGGAACAACCUUCAUGAUUAAGUUUGAGGAGUCGGUCAUUGCACGGGACAAGGCUAUGGAGAGCCGAUAAAAGCCACGUGGAGCGCCUAGUCCAUCC